AUGGGAGCAGCGUGCUGUGCAGGAGCUGCCGUUGCUGGCUCUGCCGCCUCAGCCGGCCCAUCCAGCUUGCUCGACGGAACCAUCUACUCGUUUCUCUCAGCCAUCCCGAUCGCGCUCUACCACUACUACCCGCAUAUCACACUGGUUCUUGCUACACUGCUGGUGCUGGGCGCUUCGUCGCUCUACCUGCUGCUGAUCCUGUUCACGCCGGAAACCAAGACGAGCUCUCCUUCCGAGCUGACAUUCCUCUCGACGUCGAGUACAGAGCCGCAGGGGUUACCAUUGUUGCUGAAACCAUUGGAAAAUGGAGGGGUGAAUGGGGCGGUGCAGCUGAGCGUGGUGGUACCGGCGUAUAACGAGAAGGACAGGUUGCCGACGAUGCUGCAGGAGACGGUCGGGUUUUUGGAUGCGCUGAAGGAGGGCAAACGGAGUCUUGUGCAGGGCGUACCAAAGGACCAGUCCAACGGCAAAGGCAGCGGUACAUCGAAUGGGGUUUCCACCCCGACAACCGUCCACUCCGCACUGCACGACCCGCUCACGAGCUACGAGAUCAUCAUCGUCGAUGAUGGCAGUACCGAUGGCACACACGCUGUUGCACUCGAUUGGGCCCGCUCCCACGCCUCCUCCGCCGCUGCCUCUACGAUCCGCGUAGUGCGCCUCGUCAAGAACCGUGGCAAGGGCGGAGCAGUGCGACAUGGCGUCCUGCACUCGCGUGGGCAUUUGGUGCUCUUUGCAGACGCGGAUGGCGCGACCUCCUUCGGUGACCUCAGCAAGCUGUGCUCUGUCCUCGCGCGUGUCGUUACGCCAGCGGGCCACGGGGUGGCCGUGGGCAGUAGAGCACACAUGGUCAAGUCGGAUGCCGUGGUGAAGCGUAGCUUUGUCAGGAACUUUCUCAUGCACUGCUUCCAUCUUUUCUUGACGCUGCUCUUGAGGCCGCCGACGUUGGGCGCCUUGUUGCGGAGGUGGAGAGGGAAGAGUAAGACGAAGGGAAGGGAGGCGUUACCCGUCCAACCGGAGAUCAAGGACACCCAGUGCGGGUUCAAGCUGUUCACCCGUCCGACGGCAGCUGUAGUGUUUCCAGCAAGCCACAUCGACGGAUGGAUCUUUGAUGUCGAGCUGCUCAUCCUUGCCCAGACCAGCUCGGCUCUUGCGCUCCAGCAGCAAUUGCCAACCUCCUGCGCGUCCCCUUCCUCGAAGGAUAAAUCCGAGCCGAAGGAAGAGGACGCAGACGAGUGGCGCGAGCUCAAUCGCCUGCCCAUCCCCAUUGCAGAAGUCAGCGUGCACUGGCAAGAGGUCGGCGGCAGCAAGAUCGAUCUGGUCAGGGACUCGAUCAGGAUGGCGUUGGAUCUGAUUGUGAUCAGGGCAAACUACGUUUUGGGCAGGUGGAAGAUGCCCCCUCCCGCGAAGUAG